AUGCUGACACACAAUGGAGUACGCUCCCACGAAUGCAACACAUGUAAUAAGACAUUCACACUAUUGGGUAACCUGAAAAAACACAUGCUGGUGCAUAAUGGACUUCGUCCCCAUGAAUGCAGUAUAUGCAAUAAGUCAUUCACGAAAUCAAGUGAUCUGAAACGUCACAUGCUGAAGCACAAUGGAAAACGGCCCCAUGAAUGCAGUAUAUGCAAUAAGACAUUCACUCUAUUAUGCAAUCUGAAAAGACACACGAUGAUUCAUUAUGAAUAUCGUCCUUAUAAAUGUGAAGUAUGCAAUAAGGGAUUUACUGAAUCGAAGGAUUUGAGGAUACACCUGAAAAUUCAUAGUAGGAAGAAAAUCAUUGAUGUAUUAUGA